AAUUCAUCUAUGGUUCAUUAGAAGAUUGUUUUCUUAGCCCUGAUUUGCUUAGUUUCAGGAACAACAGUUAUGAAGUAAGUUAUAGAUUGGUUAACUAAAAUAGUAAUUAAGGUGUAAUGGAUUCAUAUGUUAAUCCAGGUCUUUAAUCUUCAAUAGAUGAAUUAACAUAAUCAAAGAUUGGACAUAUGGUUAUUGAUUUAGCUGAAGUUACAAUGAGAGUUACUGGAGCAGUAGAUUCAUUAGUAGAAGGAGUCAAAGCCUUUGGUCGUCAAAUUGAAGAGAGAUUGAAUUUGGAAAAUACACAAUGGGAAGUUGUUGAAAGUGAACAUAAUGCUAAAGUUAUUUCACUGAGUUCAUAAGCCAAUCAAGCUGAAUUUGAUAUCAAUAGAGAAAAGAAGGUAUUGAAUUCUGAAUUGAUUCCAAGAUUGCAUGAAUUAGAUGAUGUAUAUAAUAUUAAUAUUCAUAUUGUAGAUCUUAUUGGGACUCAAAGCUAAAUAAACAGAUAAUGCUUAAUCAUUCAAAGAAGCUGAAGCAGCUAGAAAUACAUAACAUGAUUCAUUUGUAUUGACCACAACAGAAUUUACUGAUGCUUUAAGAAAUAUUGAUGAAGCAUUAGAUUUAUUGACUGAUCUAUUCAAAAGUGGUGAAGUUAGAGCUGCUUUUAUUGAAGUAUCUGAUGAAUAGAAACAUAAAGUCAACAAAGCUUUAAGAUAAGUCAAAGCUAAUACUGAGAACUUUGGACAUCAAUAUUCAUCAUUCAUUCAAGCAUUAACUAAUUUAACAGAAGGAUUCAAUUUCAAAGAUAGAUAAGUAUUAAAGGAAAUGUGUGAUUUCUUGAAUAGUUUAAGAUUGAAUAUCUUUGAUGCUUUGACUAAAGCUUAUAAAGAUGAAGACAGUUAAAAAUAAUAAGAUGAAUUAAGAACAUAAUAAUUGACAGCUGAAAAAGCAGUAUUUGAUUAAUAAUAUGCUGAUUUCUAUUAAGAAAGAGAAGAUAAAACAGUUAGAAUUUCAGAUGUUCAAACUUUGAUCUCAACCAGAGAAGCUGAUCUUAAAGCUUAUUAAGAUAGAUUAAGAACUGAAAAUAAUAAUUAUUCUGCCAAUCUUAAAAUUCAUGAUGAUAUUGUGGUAAAUUUAUAUACUUAUAUAUCAAUAGUCAUCUGUCUAAUCAGAAUUAGCAGUCUUAGCUAAAGCAUUGUAAGUGGUCCAAACUCCACCAUUCUUAGAUUUCUUAAAUGGAAGAAUUGCUAAAGCAUGAGUUAAUACAAUAAAUCAUUAUUAAUAAUUUAUCAAGC